AUGUACGUCACAACGGGCGGUGAACUCUUGUCGACUUCCGUCCAAGGCUGUCCUGCGGAUCUUUCCUUUAUCGCCAACACGACAACGUCAGCCGCCCUACAACUAAGUACAAAUCUAUCAGCCUCGCAAGAAGAUUCGUUCCUAUAUCAGAUGUACUCCAUCUCCUACAUGUACUACGGAGUAUUCGGCACCAUAUUGACAGUAGCCGUAGGUUUAGUUUUUAGUUUGGCCACCUGGACCAAUGCGGAUCCGUGCAAUACCAAAAUGUUGCACCCGGCGGUGCGGUGGCUCAGCUCCCGGUCACUGUUCGGUGGCAAGCGGAUGGGAUCAUUCGAUCUGGGGGGCAAAGCACAGCCCAAGGCACAGCUGGCCACCCCAGGGACCGAUGCAACAGUGGCCGGGAAAAUUUCCGACAAAAGCUGACAGAACAACUCGUAGAUUUAAGUUACCGAUUAAUAAAGUUAUUGUUUUUUAAGAAA